CCACGUGGCCGCAGCCGUCCCAGCCCCUGCGAGGAAGCGGCGCGGCUUCCUGGGGCUUGGGCCGGGGAUAUAGGCGCCCCCGCCCGGGCCCGGCUCAGCGCCACCGCCCCUCCUCGCCUGCUCGCCGCGCGAUGGCCUCGGUCCGGGCUGAGCGCGCCGCCGGCGGCCCGCGGCUCCCUGCGACCCGCGCCCGGCGACCGGCUGCGCUCCGCCUCCUCCUCCUGCUGGGCGCUGUCCUGAAGCCCCAGGAGUCCCUGGCUCAGGUUCCUCCCACUGAAAGUAGUUUGAAGACAAAAGGUGACAAGAUGGAGAACUAUGAGAGCACUAUCCAGUUUUGCUGGCAAUCUUAUAAGGAGCAGAUGGACUCUAUCCCCAAGGAUUGGUGCGACUGGGCCAUGAUUAGCAGGCCUUAUAGCGACCUACAGUAUUGCUUGGAGCAUUUUGCAGAAGUAUUUCACCUGGGCUUCCCCAAUCCCCGAGCAGAAGAGAUCAUCUUUGAGACUCACCAGAUCCACUUUGCCAACUGCUCCCUGGUGCAGCCCACCUUAUCAGACCCCCCAGAGGAUGUGCUCCUGGCCAUGAUCAUAGCCCCAAUCUGCCUCAUCCCUUUCCUCGUCACCCUUGUGGUGUGGAGGAGUAAAGACAGUGAAGCCCAGGCCUAGGGUGGUGUGAGCUUUUCUUCGCAGCCAUCUUAUCCUACUCCUUUUCCCUGCCGCCACCAGGUCUCUGUUCCCCUCCCUGCCCUGCCUCCUUCUCUCACUCCCAUGCCCACCACAGAUCCUUGGACUGGUGGAAAUGGAAACCCAGUGGUGUCAUGGCAUAAGUUCUGUAAUCUUCAAAAUAAAACUUUUUUUUGUACUGUC